GGAGAACUCUCCUUCCCCGGUUCCGGAGUCCUCCAAUGAGUCCACGUCGCAAUUAAACAUUCCUCCCGAUAUCCUUCGUCUUCGCGCGGAGAUCUUCGCACUAGAGUCCCCAAUCACAGUUUCCGUGACCGAAUUUAACAAUGCUUGGAAAUACAUAGACAACAUUUACGUCCGGAACCAAGCCAGACACGGACAAAAGAAAACAACCACAUACUAUUGGUGUCGAUUAUGGCGUACCAAAGCCUAUGAGCCGAGCGUCUCGGAUGAACAGCGCAAACGCAAGCGGACCGUUCGCGAACCAAUUGGCUGUCCAUGUCGGAUCAGGAUUGUUAGUGACGGCUACUAUAUGACUAUCACCCGAGGCAAGGAAGAACACAAUCAUGAUAUCUCCGCGCUCGACUAUAAACUCACCACCGCUGCUCGGGAGCUUGCUGCACAAGCGGUCGCAAAGGGCAGUAGACCUAGUUUGGUCGCGCGAGAACUGAAGAAUAGCGGGAUUGGCGGCCGUAUAACUUCUAAAGAUGCCUGGAACGCCGGUAAUGUCUGGGUUAGUCGGAAAGAGGGACGGCCUGCAUGGCAGAAGCAUUAUCCUAAAAAUGUAGGUUUCUUUUUUAAUAGAAUGAAAUACCUUUGUUUUGAGAAACACUGCUGUCCGAACGACGCUUUUCCCUUUGCCUGUUUUUCCUUUCCAUUAUGUCUUUGGCUUGGUCCUGGCAACUAAAUGAUUAACCCUACCAGUCCGUUAUGGAAGCAAUCGUGGUCAAUGAACCAGGGCCUCCUGAGGUGCUGCACGUGGAGAGUUACCCCAGGCCUCCUCCAAAAAGCGGAGAAAUCCUAAUUGAAGUCAAAGCAUUUGGUCUUAGUCGCUCUGAAAUCCUUGCCCGGCAAGGCCAUUCAGCCAAUGCUAGGUUCCCACAAAUAAUGGGUAGGGAGGCCGUUGGCAUUGUCACAGCGGGUGACGGUACAGUCGCAUCAGGAACCAGAGUCGUUGCUAUGAUAAGCGACUUACUUCCUGAAUAUCCGGGCAGCUAUGCACAGUACACUCGUGUCCCUGUCACCCACGUUCGAAGGAUACACCCACUAUGUAAGCUUUCGUGGGAACACCUCGCGGUAUUUUCAGAAAUGAUCCCGACUGCAUGGAAUGCCCUAUUUCGCGCUCUACGUCUCCAUCCGGAUGACCGCCUUUUGAUCCGGGGUGGCACAACAGCCAUCGGUCUUGCAGCGACGUGUAUCGCUAAACGGCAUUGCUCUUUCAUAGCUUGCACCACCCGCCAGGAGUCCCGGAAGCAGCUUCUUGAAGGUGUGGGGGCUAACAAGAUCUUGAUUGAUGAUGGAUACUUAUCACAAAAGAUCAAGUCAGAGGGACUGGAGUUCACAAAGGUCCUAGAUCUGAUUGGUGCCAAAACUAUAACUGAUUCCUUGCAAUGUGUAAGACCGUACGGAAUUGUUUGUCUAGCCGGAACGAUAGGCGGCGACUCAACAAUUCCGGACUUCAAUCCGAUGGAUGCUGUUCCGUCCACUGUAUCCUUUACAACAUAUAAGAGUUCUGUGGAAGACUUCAGGAACUUUCCACUGGACGUGCUCUGCCAUGAGGUCGAAACUGGCCACUUGAAACUGCCAAAUAUACGGAUUUACUUUUCUAACCAGAUUGUCGAAGCACAUCGAAGCAUGGAAGAGAAUCGUGCGGAAGGCAAAGUCGUGGUGCUCUGGUAAGUGGAUUAGGCAUCAUCGCUUUACGCGCGAUAAUGUACAAUAUUAUUCUCUGGACAUAUUAUUAGAACAACGUAUAAUUCACUGAAUUACGGAGA